UAAAUAAUUUAUGACACUAACAUAACCAAAACAUAUUGUUAUUUUUUAAUUAUGUUUAAUAAAACUCUUACGACAUUAAAGAUACUUAAAAGUGCCUGUAAGUUUUCACAAAAUGUAGCUAAACCGCUCAGGAGUAAAAAACCCAAGUCUUCUACUACUUCGGUUCAAAACUUUGUAGACUUCAAGCAUCUGAGAGUCGUUGGAGGUAAAGGAGGUGAUGGUUGUAUUUCAUUUUUAUCACUGUGGGCUAAUGAAUUUGCCGGCCCAGAUGGAGGGGACGGAGGAAAUGGUGGUCACGUUAUUUUCGAAGCGACUGAAAAUGUUAAAGACUUAAACAAUGUACCAAGUGUAGUCAGAGCUCAAAACGGUGAAUUUGGUGCUAAUACUGACUGUCAUGGCAAGAAUGCUAGCCAUUGUAUGAUAAAAGUACCUGUCGGAACUGUUAUUAAAGAUUCUACAGGGAAAGUCGUAGGUGAUUUAUCUGAAAAAGGAUUGAUGUUCGUGGCUGCAAGAGGAGGUUCUGGUGGUAAAGGAAAUAGAUUUUUUGCUUCUGAUACUCAACAAUCACCACAAAUUUGUGAAUAUGGGGCGCAAGGUGAAGAUUUGGAGUAUACAGUCGAAAUUAAGAGUAUGGCUCAUGUUGGAUUGAUUGGUUUUCCCAAUGCUGGAAAAAGCACUCUUUUAAGAGCAAUUUCUAGAGCUAGGCCGAAAGUAGCUCCUUAUCCCUUUACAACAUUGAAGCCACAUGUAGGAAUGAUACAAUAUGACGACUAUGAACAAAUAGCAGUUGCAGAUCUUCCUGGUCUAAUACCAGAUUCGCACAAAAAUAAAGGUCUAGGUAUUCAAUUCCUGAAACACGCUGAAAGAUGUAUGGUCUUGUUAUACAUAAUCGACAUGUCCCAAGCAGAACCCUGGAUUAAUCUGGCAACACUGCAAAAUGAACUUUUGCAAUUCAAUGACGAUCUGAAUCAAAGGCCCCAAAUUGUAGUUGCCAACAAAAUAGACUUACCAGAGGCAGAAGAAAAUUUGAAAGUUUUUAAAAAGAAUGUUAGUUUACCUGUGAUAUCAAUUAGUGCUAAAUUAGGUACCAAUAUAGAAGAACUAUUGAAAGAAAUUAAGAUAAUAUAUGAUAAGAAAUCGAAAGAAAAAUAGUACAUUAUGAAUUUAUUGAUAGUUUUUAAAUAAACUGAAAA